AUCACCUGUCAACGUGAUGAGUGGGUAUUCGCCGAUAUGGAUUUGCUGAGGCAUGUGAUAGCACCAGGUGUUAGAAUGGCCCUGAAAUUGCAUCAGGAUCAUUUCGCGGCAGGCGAUGACUUCGAUCAUGCACCGUUGCUCUACGAACGAAUCACACACUAUCUCAGCAAGCUGUUCAUAUCGCAUGAGCAUGAUCCAGCAUGGCGUCGUGCGAUAAUAGCGAACACGCCAUCACUACUUGCUCUAAGGCAUAUGUAUGACGACGGACAGGAUGAUUAUAAGAUCAUAAUGCUUAACAAAAUGCAUCUCAAUAUGAGGUUAGUUGAUAGAAGAGGAUGUUCAUGA